AUGAGUUAUUUAAGGGGGGUCGGUUCGAUGGAGCCGGCACAGAUCAUCCCUGAAGGAUGCUCUACCGUCUUUACUUUCGUCCAGGCCGAUGCGUACACGUUGAAAAUGCUCUGCGCACGCUGGUGGAGCACGGCGGUUGCGACUCACGUGACUGGGUCACAGUGUCACGGUGCUGUGCUGCAGAGAGGACACGAAACCUCAUCAGUCCCCUACUUCCACACCCUUUUGUGCCACGCUGUCGCGUCUCUUUGGCUGUACUACGUGGGCAUCUUUUGUGGGAACUGGAAACGAACGAAGGCGAGUGCGGAGAGGCAGAGCGUGUCGUUCUGUACUCGGGACGCGUCAUGGGCAGGCUCGCUCGCGCUGGCGGUCGCUCUUGCGUGUCCUUCCACCGACAAGGAGAAGGGGAAAGAAGGAGCUGGUUUGAUGGACCCAACACACUCCGCAGAAGUCCCGUAUUCAUCCUCUGCUUGCCCUUCGUGUCCCGCUGACUCAUCUUCCACUGCGUCGCCCGCGUCAGCUCCCCCUUCCUCAGCGUCGUCCGUUUCCUCCCGUGCUUCAUCCUCUCUUUGGCGCCAGUUGGUGGCUUCUUCGUCUGCGUGUCGUUCCUUUGAGAAGGCUCUGGGCGAGCAGCUGGACGAGCUGUGCCGCUUCGCCUCGUCUCUGCCUGGCGCCUUGUCGGAGUCGGCAGCCGCGCUUCUCGCGUGGAAAGCCGCGCGGGACGCAGGCGUCGAGGAGGAGUUUGCGGGGGUCUGGGCGACGAUCGGCAGGCAGCCGGAGAGCAUUGAGCGUUUCUUGAGAAGUAGCUUCUAUCUCAUCCUGGCGGCCAUCGACUACAAACUGACCUUCCGCCGCCUGGAGAAGGUGGACGCGCGCUUGAACACCCUCGAGCAAGAGAGAAGCCGCGCACAGCGGGACUUCCAGGUCGUCGCCGAAAGGCAGCGGAGGGCGACGCCAGCCCACGCAGCCGAUGGAGGUCAGGCUCGCGAGAAAGAUGCGACGCUCCUGGGCGGCGCAUCCGGCGCGCCGUCUGACUUCGCCGUCGCUCAACUGGGCAUCUGGGAGGAGCGGCUGCGCGAGCUAGAGCGGGGGAUUGCUGCGCUGCGGGAGCGCCGCACUGGGCUGCUGGCGGGCGUCCACGAUCGCUGUGCCGCUCGCCUUCUGCACGUUUGCCUGCGGCACGGUGGGCUCUACACGAAGCUGGGGCAGUACAUGUCGACGAUGAACCACAUCCUCCCUUCCGCGUACACCGAUCGACUGCGCACGCUGCAGGAUGACGCAGAGCGCACGCCGUGGCCGCUGGUGUCUCGGCUCCUCGAGGCGGAGCUGGGCAGACCCGUGGAGGAGGUAUUCCUGUCCUUCGACAGGGACGCGGUCGCAGCCGCUUCGCUGGCGCACGUGCAUCGCGCGCGGCUGCGAUGCAACGGGCAGGAAGUCGCGGUGAAAGUCCAGCGGCCGCGGCUGCGCGAGCAGAUGCGCGGCGACCUGCAGACGCUGGAGACUUUGAUGGCGUUUGUCUCGCGCUUCUUCCCGGACUUCGAGUUCCGCUGGGUUCUCCCCGAGUUUCGACAAAACAUGCGGCAGGAAACCGACUUUGAGCAGGAGGCCUACAACGCCAUGCGCCUCAAGUGGCUAUACAGAGACCGCCCCGAGGUCUACAUCCCGUGGAUCGACUGGGACCUGACGACGAAGCGCGUGCUCACGAUGGAGUUCGUCAGUGGCCUCAAAGUGACCGACUCGCCAGACACGCUGCAGCGCGAGCUAGGCGCGAAACCCGAAGAAAUCGCCGACCUCGUCAUGACUGUCUUCGCCGAUAUGCUCUUCGUGCACGGCUUCGUCCACUGCGACCCGCACCCCGGGAAUCUCUUUGUCCGCCUGAUGCCGACUGAAGAAAACGCGAAGAAAACUCGCCAUGCCGAGUCGCCGCGAGGCGGAGCUCCUCCUUCAUGCGUGUCCGCGGCUUGGACGAGCUCGCCCUCUGCCCCGACGACCUCUCCUUCGUCGGCAGCCGCUCCAGCGGAGGCCUUCGAAGAGAGAGAAAACCGGCGAUACACGCAAGGGGGAAAGGGAGAGCAGCCGCGGAAAGGGCGGCUUCAACUCGUGAUCAUCGACCAUGGGACCUACCGUCGUCUGUCACCGUCGUUCCGCGCCGCCUACUGCCGGCUGUGGAAGGCGUUGCUCUUGAACGACGUUGCCACAGGAAGGCAGGCUUGCCGCUCUCUCGGGCUCCGCCUCACCGUGACGGGGCUGUCCGAGCCGGGGUCCGAUCUCGCAGCGCGCGGAGAAAAAGGCAGCAGGCCAGCAGCAGAGAGACAGCCGAGCCGACAAGCAGACGCAGUUGCUCAAGGCGCGCGGGAAGGCAGCGGUGCGGACCCAACUGGAGAAUGGGGCGACCAGCGCGGGGGACACGUGCGAGGGAAGGACGGCGAGGAGAGGGAGGACGAGAUGGAUGAGACACGUGAGCCGGGCGGCGGGCUAGCAGGUCGUUCCGCGGCGCGGCGGCGAGAAGUAGGUGGCCAGCGAGGGAGCGCGCCGGAGGACUCAGCUCGAGCCGCGAGUCGGCAUCUUUUUGCGCGUGACGUCCCAGAUCCAGACGAAGACGCCGCCCUCGAUCUGCUCUCGCUGAUUCUGACCUACCGUCCGCAGACGCGGCUGCUUUAUACGGCGCUGGGGUCUGUCGUUCACGCGGAAGACCGGAAAGCGUUCAUCACCAGCUUGCGCGGCACGUCCUUCUCGGCGAUCAGCGCGUUUCUCGAGUCGUUGCCGCGCGACCUGCUGUGGAUUCUGCGCAUGACCAAUAUCCUCCGCUCGCUUAACCACACACUCGGCGGCUCCACCCGCAGUCGGCUCCUCGUCAUGGGCGAGAGCAGCUGCAGGGGCCUUCAACUGGGCAACGCGGGUGUCGAGGCCCUCGAGGCGGAGUGUGCUCGCUUCCUCGCGGGGCGGCGCGAGGCCGCGCGCAGGCCGAAGGGCGUCGCGCAGAGAGGCGGGCGCGCGGGGAGGAGGCACGCGCCGGUCGACCCCAACGAGCCACGCUCAGACGCUGCGCUCGCGAAGAAGGAAGAAAGAGGAGAGGGAGGAGAAGGCAAGGCGCGUGACGCAAGUGAGAAGGCACCACAGGAGCGGGACUGCAUCCACGACGAGGGCUUCAUGAUCCCGGAGCCGAGACAGACAAGGGAGCUCCGCACGUCGUCGCUCACUGAGGAGCCCGCGAAGGAAACGAGAAAGGCGAAAGCAGACAAAGAAGAGGAGCCCUGCGCCGGUUGGGGGAGCCACACGGAUCCUGGAGGCGCGCAGACCCGCGAGGAGUUGUUUCAACGGCGGGGGCUAGAGAUGCCUCACUGGUACACUUUGCCUGGCGCCACGAGUCUCAACCUGCCGGUCGCUUCAGACGUGCCAGCCUUUGGCGCGAGCGCGACCAUCACAAGCCUCUGUCGAGCUCUCGACGCAGUCACCAGCCCUUUGGCGUGGCUAGCCGCGGCGCUCGGAAGGGGCGCGGAAUCCCGAGAGGAAGCGGAGGAAAGAGGGCGGGAAGGACUGCCGGCACGCCAAGAAGAAAACGGCCGCGCGACACGCCCUCGGCGCCAGGGAGAAAGAGUAGAGAGAGGAGGGCAAAGCGCGCCGCUUGUUGAGAGAGAGAAAGGUAGGCAAGGCGACAGAGUCUCGCUGGGGGCAUUGCUGUUGGAGGCAUCUGCGGCUGCGUGCGAGGAUCCCAUGAAGGGCCUCGAGCUUCGGAUUUUUGCCUUCCACGAUAAGGACAUCCCCAGGGAAGACACGCUCGACGAGGUGCGGAUCUCGAGUGGAGCCGCGCCCGCUUCACUCGGGUUCGCGCAUUCGUCUUCGUUCGCAGUUUUGAGUUCUUCUGAGGCGUCGCACUCGGCUUCCCUCUCUUUGUCGCCGUGGGCGGCCUGGCUUCAAAGGGCGCUCUUGAACGCCGUUCUCUCAUUCCAGCUCUGGUGGAGUGUGCAGUGUCUGCGCUUCCGUCUGUGGGUAGCGGACGCCCUUCUCGCGCUCGCCAUCGCCCAACCCGCGGUUGGGGACGCGCUCGACGAACCGCGGGAGCGGGGGGGGGCGUUUCGACGCUUCUCCGGAUGA